GACGUGUACGCGGCGCCCCGAGCGCGCGGGCGUGGCUAAACUCUGCCCGGCCCCGGCCAGCACCCGACUGCGUGAGGUUCACCCUGCGGCUAAGGAAGCUUUCGCUAGCGGAGAGGCUCCGAAGCACUCAUGGGGCUGGGUCCGCGCUCCCCCCACCAGGCGGGGCGCCGGUUCCCAGCUGGCGGCAAAAGAGGGCGCGGAGCCAAGGGCUCGGGGCGCCCCCCACCAGGCCGCCAGCGACAACCCUGCCCGCCUCCGAAUGGGCGCUCCGAGCCGCCUCCGGAUGCGCACCCUCACCUGAGCCCAGAAGCUCUGGGGUAUUUCCGCCGGGCGCUCUCCGCGCUGAAAGAGGUCCCCGAGACGGGAGAAGAACGAGAGCUGAUGGUGCACAAUGUUUUGAAAGAAGUGGAGGCUCAGGCCCUAGCCUUGGCCACAAACAGGGCUGGUAGUGAGAUGCUGCAGGAACUGUUGGGUUUCAGUCCCCUGAAACCGCUGUGUCGAGUAUGGGCUGCUCUGCGGCCCAACUUGCGCUUUGUGGCCUGUCAUCGGUGUGGGGUCCAUGUAUUGCAAAGUGCUUUGCUGCAGCUGCCUCGAUUGCUAGGGAGCCCUGCAGAGGAGGAGGAGGAGGAGGAUGGGAAGGAUGGUCCUUUGGAGACCCUGGAGGAGCUGGGCCUGGGACUAGCCGCUGAGGUGUGUGAUGAUUUUCUUUUCUACUGUGGAGACACACAUGGCAGCUUCGUGGUCAGAACUUUGCUGCAGGUAUUGGGAGGGACUCUUCUGGAGUCUGAGAGAGGCAGGCACCGUGGCUCCCAGUUACCUGAAGCACAAAGGGCCCCAUCUCGGGAAUGUAAGGCAACCGAUUUCGAGGUCCCUGAAACCUUCUUGAGUUGUCUUCAGAACCUGAGCUCCUGCUUUCUGAAGGACAUUGCUGUGUUUAUCACUGACAAGAUCUCCAGCUUCUGCCUUCAAGUGGCCUUACAGAUCUUACACCGCAAGCUGCCCCAGUUUUGUGCCCACCUCUGCAAUGCUGUGUUGGGCUACCUGAGUAGCCGCAAUUCCUCAGCAGAUGGCAGUCCCCUACUGCUAUUUCUGCGCGAUCAGACGAGCUCCAGACUCCUGGAGCAGGUGCUGCUGGUGUCGGAGCCCCCAAAGCUCCAGAGCCUCUUUGAGGAUCACUUCCAAGGACAGCUGCAGACCCUGGCUGCACAUCCUAUUGCUAACUUCCCUUUGCAGCGUUUCCUGGAUGCUGUCACCACUCCUGAGCUGCUGUCCCCCGUGUUUGAGGAGCUAAGCCCUGCCCUGGAAGCUGUGCUGGCUCAGGGUCACCCAGGGGUAGUCAUUGCCCUGGUCGGGGCCUGCCACAGAGUUGGGAUCCACCAAGCCCAGGUCCUACAGCUGUUGUUGGAGGCGUUCCACUGUGCAGAGCCCUCUUCCCGGCAAGUGGCCUGUGUGCCUCUCUUUGCCACUUUGAUGACUUAUGAGGUGUACUAUGGACUGGCGGAGGAGGAGGGGGCAGUGCCCGCGGAGCACCAGGUAGAAAUGGCCACCGCCAGGGACCUGGGGGAAGUGACAGUCCUUGGGUCUCUACUGCUCCAGCAUUUGCUGCAGUUCUCCAGUCCUGGUCUUAUACUUCGAAGUUUGGGCGCCUUGACAGGACCACAGCUUCUGACUCUGGCCCAAAGCCCUGCUGGUUCCCAUGUGCUUGAUGCUGUCCUGACCAGCCCCUCUGUGACACGCAAGCAGCGCCGCCGGGUGCUGAAGACCCUAAAGGGACAAUAUGUGGCUCUGGCCUGUAGUCGCCACGGCAGCCGUGUGCUUGAUGCCAUCUGGAGUGGGGCAGCCUUGGGGGCCCGGAAGGAAAUUGCUGCUGAGCUGGGGGCGCGGAACCAGGAGCUGAUAAGGGACCCUUUUGGCCACCAUGUAGCUCGAAACGUGGCCCUGACUACCUUCCUGAAGCGGCGAGAGGCUUGGGAACAGCAGCAGGGGGCGGUGGCCAAGCGGAGGCGGGCCUUGAACUCAAUACUUGAAGACUAAGGCCUUUGGAUCUGGGACUGGGUGUUGAUGGGGCAGGGGGAAACGGAGUAUCUAUCCUGUCCUGUUCCUAGUUUAAAUUGGAGUCAAAAGUCUUAUUGAUAAACAUUUUUAUAUUUU